GAGAAAGAUGCAGUCCGUCUAUAUCAAGCCGGGGGUCACCCCCAGCUCAUGCAGACUCUCUCUCCUUACUCUAGACCAUCCACCUCCUCCCACUCCAUUAAAUCUCCAUACAUACACGUUCAGGAGAACAUAAACAGUCACAAUGGUUGUCCUUCGACUUCCUCUUUCCAUUGGCACGGGACCAAAUUCCCCCGAACUAUCACAUCCGACAUGAUCUCUCCUCCACUGAGCCCCGACUUCAACUUUGACUCCGACGCCCUGACACCAUCAACACUACCAGCUCUGGAAUACAUUUCUCAGAAGCUCCAACAAAAGUCAUUGCACGUCACAUUACUCGUUGGACGCGGACAACCCGUCCCAACCGGCCAGCCUGCCGACCUGAUCAUCAUCCCAGUGACCAAGCUCGAUCUGCCCUCAUGGAAGAUCUUCUACAAGAUCGUCGAGAAAGGUGCCAAAAAAUUCUCUCUCGGCCAAUGCUGGACAGACGCAUUGAAUGAACACCUCUCACUACGAUUGAAAAACGAGUACCUCGUCGAACAAUCAAUCAGACAGAACGAUAUCCUUUUCAGCCAAGAAGGCCUUACUCUCCUCAACGUCGACCGCAUCUACACACUCAAACGCCGUCUUUGUGUUCUCGCCAAUACUCAACAGACCAAGAAGAACACAGUUAACGAGGAGAAAUACAUCUCAUCCUGCGUACACCUGCUUCACAAAACCGUUACCAACUGCCAAGGUCGCCCAUUCAGCCUCGGCUUCUUCCACCGAGUUUACGAGCAUUUGUCAGUCACCGACGAUCUGCUUACAAAAGUUGCCACCGCAUACAAGGCCCGCUAUGGUCAAGAUGGAAUUGUCAUCCCCAAACCUAAAGCAGUUCCAACAGCCGCCCCCGUCCGACGAGAGGCUGCACGGAGAUCGCCAGUCAUGCGAGUCGGGCCCCGAGCUCGCCGACCUGGAAUGGCUUCAUCACGAAAUGUUCCCACUCGUGUUCCAUCUCGCGCUGGCACACCAAAACGCGGGCCAAAGACCCCAAUAUCCGCUUCCGACGUGACCCCGAUCACACGAAAUGAGUGGAACAUUCUCAUCGGACCUGAAUUCUACCAGAACAAGCCCACCAUCACAAUGUGGGUGCCAACUCCAUCAGCUGUACCAGUCUUCGGUUGAAGUCAUUAUAAUAAGCGGGAACUACUUCAACAAUAAAAUGUGCAUAUCGGAAUGCACGACAUCGAGCGCAGCUCAUCUCCAUAGAGAGAAAGCCGUCGCUUUGUCAAGAGGGAUUAGAAUCUAGCCAUAGCGCUACAUAAUAUUCUGAGACCCUGAUUGCUUAUUAUAUUAAGCAGAUGGCACGUCAGACUGCAAGAAAGGAAUUGCCUAGCUCAACAUGGUUUACCAUGGCAAACGACGAGUAAUUCCAGUAUGCAGCUACGGCUUUGAUGACAUAAAAGAACCAUUUGAGCGAAUACAUUUACAUACUAGCCUUGGUUGCUUCUCUUUUGUAUAUAUACUCUGUUAGCAAACUAGCAUAUGCAUAUCAAGCAUUUGAAUAUAUCUAAUCUUGACAUCAA